CACACCGCCGGCCAAGAUGAGGUGGCCAAAAACAAAUAGAGAAAGACAGCUAGUAAACGUGUAUCGGGAUUCACUGUUGCUCACCUCCCCCCCAAACCGUGCCUCUUUACCUCUCCCAUGCUAGGGUUCGCGGAGAACAAGUCCACCGAUUGACACCUCGCCCAAGUCCCACAGAAUUUCCAGCCACAGUAUUGGCGCAGAUGAAGACUGGGUAUGCCUUCCAGCUUAAUUCAGUAGACGCCCGAUUUUACGACUAAACUACACGCCGGCGAGAAACGGGGAAGGGAAGCAGAGGUCGGUGCCGAAGGGGGAAGGAGGUCACGGGAAUAUAGGAGCUCGUGCCUUUCGAUUCUUUUACCGGGACGUUUUGGUCAUUUCAAGCUUCCAGCGUGGACGCUGCCUUAAAUUAAGGCACAGGUUUCUAGUCUCUUUCUUCUGAAUCGUGGGUGAUCCAGAUGCUCAUGGUUAUUUUUGCCUUGAUCUUGGAACUGUAAUAGUGACUUGGUUAUUCAUCUUAUUUUGGCACUGGUCAUAUAAUGGCGAAAGAUAGAGAUGAUAGUUUAAGCCAAUUGUCUGGGGGUCUGGGUAGUUUUUUGAGAAAGUGCCUUUUUAGUAUUCUUUCAGUGGGUCCACUUCCCAAUCACAUCGCAUUCAUCAUGGAUGGAAACCGAAGGUAUGCAAAGAAGCACAACAUGGCAGAAGGGGCUGGCCACAAGGCUGGCUAUCUGGCUCUCAUGAAGACGCUUUGUUACUGCUAUGAACUGGGGGUGAAAUAUGCAACAGUCUAUGCCUUCAGCAUUGAAAAUUUCAAAAGGCGUCCUGAAGAGGUUCAAUCCUUGAUGAAUCUAAUGCUAGAAAAGAUUGAAGAAUUGUUAAGGGAAGAAAGUAUUGUAGACCAAUAUGGUAUCAGAAUAUACUUUAUAGGUAACCUAAAUCUUUUGAGCGAGCCUGUCAGGGUUGCGGCUGAGAAGGCAAUGGCAGCCACUGCCAUCAAUACCAAGACUGUUCUUUUGAUCUGUGUAGCCUACACUUCUUAUGAUGAAAUCCUGCAUGCUAUUCAAGAAUCCUGCAAGAUUAAAAGGAACGAGAUUGAAGAACGAAAUGUAAGUAAAGUUAGCAAUGGUGUGACUGAAGGUGCUGAAGAAGUUGAUGAAAUACAUGGUGUCAUUAUGCAUAAUGUUCAAAGAUAUUGUGAAAAUAGCUCCAAUAAACUUCAGGUGUUGAACACAAGUAGAGUUUACGAUAGUGUAACUGGAGACAAAAAGAAAAAUGUAGUUGUGGAUGCUGUUGGGGGAUCCUGCAAAAUGAAAUGGGAUGAAGCUGCAAGUAGAGCUUGCAAUGAUUUGAUCGAAGGAGUUGAAGAGAGCAUGAAGAAUCAAUGGGUGCUACCUCCUAUAAAGCUGUUAGAUGUUGAGAAACACAUGUACAUGUCAGUGGCGCCCGAGCCUGAUAUCCUGAUCCGAACUUCUGGGGAGACCCGCCUCAGCAAUUUUCUUCUUUGGCAGACUACUAACUGUCCAUUGUACUCUCCAACUGCACUAUGGCCAGAGUUAGGUUUAUGGCAUCUGGUGUGGGCAGUACUGAACUUCCAGCGGAGCUACCAAUAUUUCGAGAAGAAAAAGAAGCAGUUAUAACAUUCUUAAGUCGACAUAACCAAUACGUUAUAGAUUAUUUUGUAGUAAUGAAUUACAAUAUAGGGAUCAUUCCCGAAUUUCUCUGGGAGGUUUGGAAACUUGAGCAAUGGGCUCCACAAGUCUGAUUGUGGUACCUACUUUGGAUUGUUUUAAGCGGCCAAGCUUGCUGGUUUGUAUUCAUGUUCUUCCCAUUUUAGAAUUUGAUUGGCUAGUGAAUUUGUAUUGCAAGUACCUAUGGCUCUUAAGCAUCGGUCUCUGAUGCUCAGGGCUACUAGACGUGCUAUCUUAUAAAAGUUAAUAUUUUUCUGUGUAA